AUGAGAAAUAGAGCGAUUUUAGCUUCAAAAGAUGAGGAUUGUAUUUUCUGGUGUGCUGCUAAGUCAGGGGAAUACAAUGUUAAGUUGGGAUAUGAAGUGCAGAGACAUAGAGUUAUCAAUUUGAAUUGGCUUGGCAAGCUUUGUUGGAAUAAUUGGAUAUUGCCUAAAGCAAGGGCGUUCUUAUGGAUAGCCCUGCACGUGUGUAUUCUCACUGGCGACAGACUCAAGACAAUUGGCAUCCAUGGACCAAGCUGGUGUGUGUUAUGCAACACGGAGAAAGAAUCGGUGGACUAUCUACUUUUCAACUGCACGUUUGCUCGAAAGUGCUGGGAAUGGUUUCUAAGGAUGGUGAACUUGUGCACAGUCAGGAAUGGGUCCCUAAAGGAAUUCCUUGUUUCAUGGCCAAUGUUCAGCCAGACUAAGUGGGGAGCUCUGUGGCUGGUGGGCCCUGCAAUGAUUGUCUGGCUGAUUUGGAAAGAAAGAAAGAAACGAAUAUUCAAAGAGACAUCUAAACCAAUAGAUGUUGUCAUUAGCAAUCUAAAGGCUACCAUUGAAGAAGCUAUCUGUGGUAAAUCAAGGAAUGUUAGAAAGUUCAGAUUCAAUGAUUGGGACGCAGAAAUGGAGAGGAAUUGGUCUCUCAAAAAUGUUAUCUUCCAUUAUCCCAAAAAGAAAAUUGACAGGGAAAAUGUUAGGUGGACCAAGCCUCAUAGCAAUCUGGGGCAGGCUGAAUAUGGUGCAGUUAUUCGGAACGAGGAUGGGAAUAUUUUGUCAGGUACCUACGAACAUAUUGGAUGUGCCUCAAAUAAUGAAGAAGAACUUAGAGCCCUCGAGGCUGGUUUGCUGCUUUGCAAACAAAAGGGAUUAACUAAUGUACAGAUCGAAGGUGAUUCACAGAUAAUUAUAAAUGGAGUGAUUAACUCUAGAUUUACAAACUGGAAAUUGGCUAGAUGA